AUGGAUGGCACAAUACCGUUUCUCCAAACAACGGGGCGAACAAUUCGCUCCGCCUCGAUCUCGACUGCCACAAGACUGCUCGAUUAUAACCCAGCAGGCGGUAUGUGGCAAGCGACUGGCACUGUCAUAGCGCAUGCUCCAAACAUCACAGACCUGAGAUCACCCGACACGGUCUACUUCGACAUGCACGGACGAAGCAUACGUCGAGUGAGCAUCCAAACUGCGAGUGGUGCCAGCAAAGUCCUAAGAUCAGAUGCGACUUCGACUGAACCACCCUUCUCAGAAUGUAAGGAGGUAACUAGUAAAUCAGAUGAGUUACCUUCUACUGCUCGGUAUGAUCAUUCUAGGAGUCCCAAAAAUUAUCAGGAAAAACAGUCUUGGGGCAAAGCAUUUAGGAAAGGGAGUGUCGCUUCUUGGCAAUUUAUAUGUACACCUACAGGGCUUUUUAUCACUGUCUACGGUCUCAACGUGAUUGCCUGGGGUGCUAUGUUAUUUUUUCUCUUGCUGAAUGUCGGCCCUAUGACCAAAGAGCAAAAAAGUAUUUGGAUUGAAAUCGACUCACAGAUUCUCAACGGGUUGUUCUGUUUAACUUCGUGGGGCCUGGCCCCCUGGCGAAUUCGUGACACAUACUGGUUAUUGGUGUGGCGCAUUGGAUCGGGCGAAAGAUCACGAAACUCGAUUAAUCAUCUUGCAAAGCGAAGCGCAAGUUGGUUUCGAAUGCGCGAGUGUGAUUUUGAAAACAGCUGCGACGAAAUCCCGCUUCGCAAGACCCUGACAGGCAAAUCUGCACCGGCAACCAAGACGUGGAAAAUGGACUUCGUUGUCAUCAACAUGCUCUUAAACAGUCUUUUCCAGAUUGGGAUGGCGACGUUCAUGUGGGAAUACAACCGACAUACUCGUCCGAGCUUCGGGGUUGGCCUUUUCAUCGGCCUCGGCUGUUUUAGCUCUCUCCUGGCAGGGAUAAUGACCUGGUGGGAGGGGCGAAAAAUCAAAAGAAUCGAGGGGUCGAUCCUGGAAGAGACCAGUAAGGAUUAUUAA